CUCCGCUUCCGUUGCGCCCCGGAAUGAGAGCGCACGGAGCUUCCGGGUGGCGGCACCCGGCGGGGAUGGCGAGGUUGCUCCGCACCGUCGGUAUCUUCGGUGGCUUCGUGGUUGUGGUCGCGGCAGCCUUUUACCCAAUUUACUUCCGGCCGCUGCUGCUGCCGGAGGAGUACAAGAAGGAACAGAGAAUAAACCGAGCUGGUAUUGUUCAAGAGGAUAUUCAGCCUGCAGGGUUAAAAGUGUGGUCUGAUCCAUUUGGAAGAAAGUGAUGUUGGUGACUGGUUUCAUUGGAAGGCAAAACUGAAGAUGGAAUCUUCAGCUGUUUCUUCGUUCACUGAAGUGUGUCUUUGGGUGUGGCUGGAGGAGAAUUCUGAACACGCUCUGUGGGCACAUGAGGAGCAGCAAAGGUUGCAGGCUGGAAUCCCAAGAGAUAAAAGCAUGCUCGUUUUGAACAGGGGCUGCUGGAGUGUAGUGCACUGACUGUUAGAGAGCUGAAUGAUUCCUGAGUUUAGAAGUCAAAUCGUAAUUCCCGUGAGAAAAGGGAUGAUAAAUUAUUCUAUUUUUGGUUUGGGGUUUUCUUUGUUAAUCUGUAAACAUUUGUAGAAUAAAUCAUGCACAGAAUAAAUUAUGCAGACCACUGCAGUUUCCUCCCAA